ACAUGUGCCUAUUUCUUAGUUUCACUUCAAAACUCAAAGUACACGAAAAUAGUUGUGUCCCGUUUCUCUGCAAACUGUUAUGUGGAACUGUGGUGGCGCGUAAAUUUCACGUUUCAUUCUCGGCUCUCAGAGAGUAACCCCAUUCCCGGCUCUUUGAAUAAUAAUGGGCAGAAAGAAGAACAAGCCGCAACGUUCUGUUGGGAUAGUUUUGAAUAGUAAUGAGACUGAUGAGCAGACGGAAUUGGGAAGAAAGAGAUCUUUAAAGUCUGGGGAGGCAAAAAAGAAUGAUGUUGAAGAGCCUUAUUUCGUUGAAGUUGAUCGGUCUAGUUGGAUUUCGAACGCCCACCUUGAUAUUUCCGAAGUUGUUUUGAUGAAUUUGAAUUUUAGAGAAGGGUUUUCUGGUCAUGAAUUGAGUGCAGAUUUUCUUAGGGAUGAGAAGUAUUUGUUAAGGUUUCAAUUGUGCAAUGUAAACAAGUGUGUUGAUCGAAUAAAGUUAGGCCAUUGGCCUGUUCUACCCUCAACAGAUAUAUUUCUUGAGUUAAUUGAGAAACCUGCCAUGGAGGAAGAGAUGGGAACUUGCUCAGUGAUUUUAUCAGGGACUUUUGAUGGGUCUGAUGAGGGUAUAACUGGUCUUGUUCAUUUGACAAGCUUGAAGUUUAUGACAUUGAGACCAAUUAUGGAGGUUGGGCUGUCAAAGGAUACUGCAUCGCUCAGGAUGAGAGUGGAGAUGCUUGGGAGUGCUUUUGAUGCUUGUGAGUCACUUCUUGAUAAUACAAGGGAGAUAUGGAAGAAGAGUAUGAUGAAUGCCAUGGCUUGGUUGCGUCCGGAAGUGGUUACUUCGGAGGCUCGAUACGGUGCCAGAAAAUGUGCAGAAAUGGACUUUGAUGUGCAUACAGAGAUAGCAGAAGAAAAUUCCAACCCUAAGAAAAGUGGAAGGUUUGAUGUUGCUGGGUUUUAUGAAGCCAUUAAGCCUCCAAAAACAGAUGCAAUGCUUGAGGAAGACUUGCCUGGUUUACUUCCUGAGUUGAGGCCGUAUCAACGCCGGGCUGCUUACUGGAUGGUGCAACGAGAGAAAGGAGGUUUACAAAGUAAGCUGAGAAAUGGAGAAAGCCAGUAUGUUUCCCCUCUAUGUAUGCCUGUGGGAUUUCUCAACACUCAUUCAAAAAUGUUUUACAACCCAUUCAGUGGAAACGUGUCGUUGCAGCCUGAAUCACCUUCAGCAUACGUUUGUGGUGGUAUUCUUGCUGAUGAGAUGGGUUUGGGGAAAACUGUUGAAUUGCUGGCUUGCAUCUUUGCUCAUCGCAGUGGAGCAUCUGAAGACAGCCUCUUACUUGAUACUGAAUUGCAAGCUACCAGGUGUCUUAGAAGAUUGAAGAAGGAGCGUGUGGAGUGUGUAUGUGGAGCUGUAAGUGAAAAUUGGAGAUAUAAAGGAAUAUGGGUACAGUGUGAUGUAUGUGAUGCAUGGCAACAUGGAGACUGCGUUGGUUAUUCGUGUAGAGGUAAAAAUGUAAAAUCCAGAGGAGUUUCUGAUGGACAAGGAAAUCAAGAGAGAUCGUCUGCUGACAAGAGAAAGAAGAAUGCAACCACAAUAGUUGAAAGAGACGGGGAGUAUACAUGUCCUUCUUGUUCAGAACUGAUACAAGCUACUGACUCUCCUGUAGCUAGUGGUGCCACUCUUAUAGUGUGCCCUGCUCCUAUAUUGCCCCAAUGGCAUGCUGAAAUCAUACGCCAUACCUGCCCAGGUUCCUUAAAAACUUAUAUCUACGAAGGAGUAAGGGACACAUCGCUGUCAAAUAAAUCUAUAUUUGACAUCAAUGAACUUGUCAGUGCUGAUAUUGUCUUAACAACCUAUGACACACUUAAGGAGGACCUGUCACAUGAUUCAGAUAGGCAUGAAGGGGAUAGGCGCAUCAUGAGAUUUCAAAAAAGGUACCCAGUUAUUCCUACUUAUUUGACAAGGAUAUUCUGGUGGCGGGUUUGUUUGGAUGAGGCGCAAAUGGUGGAGAGUAAUGCGACUUCCGCUACAGAAAUGGCAUUACGCUUACCUGCUAAGUACCGCUGGUGCAUAACAGGGACUCCCAUACAACGCAAACUUGAUGACCUAUAUGGGCUUCUUCGGUUUCUUAAGGCUAGUCCUUUUGAUGUUUCUAGAUGGUGGACUGAAGUUAUGCGAGAUCCAUAUCAGAGGAGAGAUGCUGGGGCCAUUGAAUUUACUCACCAAUUCUUCAAACAAAUAAUGUGGCGUUCAUCAAAAGCACACGUAGCAGAUGAGUUGCAACUUCCUCCUCAGGAGGAAUACACCUCUUGGCUCACUUUCUCGCCAAUUGAAGAACACUUUUACCAGAGGCAACAUGAGACUUGUGCAAUUGUUGCUCAGGAAGUUAUUGCAAGUUUGAAAGAUGAAAUUCUCAAAAGAAAUGUCUCAGCAUCUGAUGGUUCAUCUGAUCCUUUCAUCACCCAUGCGGAGGCUGGAAAGCUUCUGAACACACUCCUGAAGCUACGUCAAGCUUGCUGCCAUCCUCAAGUGGGAAGUUCUGGGCUUCGCUCUUUGCACCAGUCUCCCAUGACUAUGGAGGAAAUAUUAAUGGUUCUCAUAAAUAAAACCAAAGUAGAAGGAGAAGAAGCUCUUAGGAGAUUAGUUCUUGCAUUAAAUGGGCUUGCAGGAAUAGCUGUAAUUGAGGAAAAGUCUACUGAAGCUGUAUCACUAUACAAGGAAUCCUUGGCUUUAGCUGAGGAGUACUCAGAAGAUUUUCGCUUGGACCCUUUGUUGAAUAUUCACAUUCUUCAUAAUCUUGCUGAGAUACUCCCACUGGAAGCAAAGUGCUUGGAACAGUGUUCCCUGAAUGGGGAGAAUCUACCGGUAAGCCCUGGCAGGGUGGUCUUCAAGAGACAGAACAAUGAAAAGUGUGAGCAGCUUGUUUUUAAGAGGCGGAAAGUUCGUAGGAAAGACAACUCAGCAAUUGAUGCUGGCAACCCACAGGAUAUUACUUCUGACAUUAAAGAAAAUGGCGUAAAUGCCAACCUAGAAGGUGAUAAUGUACCUCGCACAUCAUGCAGUUCCACUGGUGAUGAACCUUUGAGAACUUCCUGCGAGAAUAUGAAACAGAAAUACUUAUCUGCUUUUAGUGCAAGGCUUUACAGUGCUCAAGAAGAAUUUAAAAAGUCAUUUAAGCAGGUUUGUUCUGGAAUUAGUGAAAGAAAAAAUCAACGCACAGAUUGGUGGAUGGAAGCCCUUAUUGAUGCCGAGCAGAACAAAGAUUUUUCAUUUGAAUUAAUCAGAAAGAUUGAAGAAGCCAUAUCAGGAACUCUAAACAAUUCAAGAUCAUCGAAGAUGCCAUCUGGUUUCCGAUCGAUAAGUGGCCUUAAGUAUCAUAUUCAGAGUGGUUUGGACCUGCUGGAAUCCUCUAGGAAAGUUCUACUUGAUCAACUUUUGGAAAUUGAUCAGACUAUGGAGAAUCCAAGGGAGGAGGAUAUUGAACGUGUAAGAUAUUGUCAAAACUGCCAAAUUAAUGGCGAUGGACCUUCAUGUGUUAUGUGUGAACUAGACGAAUUGUUUCAGCGUUAUGAAGCAAGACUUUUUCGUCUCAAUAAAGCACAUGGUGGGAUAAUUUCGUCUGCUGAAGAGGCUGUAGAUCUGCAGAAAAAGAACUCUGCUCUCAAUCGAUUCUAUUGGAACUUGUCACAGCAAAAUAAAACUUUAAAAUCAGCUUCCAAUGAUUAUGAAGAAUCAAGAAAAAGAGAUGUUCGAGAAAAAGUGGUGGUUUCAAAAUCUCCGUCUGAAUUGGAGGUUGUUCUUGGAGUUAUAAAGAGUUAUUGCAAGACUCACUUGGGAAGAGAUGGUUUGUCAGCAGCAAGUAAACACCUACACAUUCUUGAGGGCAUGAGAAAGGAGUACGCUCAUGCAAGGGCUUUGGCAAUUUCUCAAGCACAAGUUCUGCAAGCUCACGAUGAGAUCAAGAUGGCUACUACAAGGUUGCAGUUACAAGUGGAUGAAGAUGAUAAAUCCUUGAAUGCCUUAACUAAAGAAGAGUUACCUUCGGCUAGCGUGCAGUACUCUAGUGACAAGUUCAUGGCCUUGCACUUGUUAUCGUGUAUUAAAGGGAAACUUCGUUAUUUAAAGGGUUUAGUGCAAGCUAAACAGAAAUUUCCAUUAGAAAGUCCAAACAGCUCCUCGCUAACUGAAGAGGCAGCAGCAGCUUCUUCAUCAGCUAACACUGAACAGAAAAGUGAAAGCAUACUUAAAGUUGAUGAAUCAUGCCCAGUUUGUCAAGAGACUUUGAGCACUAAAAAGAUGGUUUUCCAAUGUGGGCAUGUUACAUGCUGUAAAUGUUUAUUUGCAAUGACUGAACAGAGAAUACUUCGAGAUAACAAGGUUCACGAUAAGUGGGUAAAGUGCCCUACUUGUCGAGAGCAUACCGAUGUCGGGAAUAUUGCUUAUGUUGAUGAUAGUCAAAGUGAUUCUAGUAAUUCUUCUAUGAUUGAUACAAUUGAAGGUCUUGAAAGUAGUGCAGCAGCCAUCGUGGUUCAAGGUUCAUAUGGAACUAAGAUUGAAGCAGUGACAAGAAGAAUAUUGUGGAUCAAGUCUAAAGAUCCAAGAGCAAAAGUCCUUGUUUUUUCAAGUUGGCAUGAUGUCCUUGACGUAAUAGAACAUGCAUUUACCGCUAAUUCUAUCACCUAUAUUCGGAUGAAAGGAGGCAGGAAAUCACAUGUUGCAAUCAGUGAAUUUAGAGGACAAAAAAGCAGCCCAAAAGGGAAGAAAAAGAAGCCUUCACAAAAACCAGAAGAGCAGUCUGUCCAAGUGUUAUUGCUGUUAAUUCAACAUGGAGCCAAUGGCCUCAAUCUUUUAGAAGCACAGCAUGUUGUUCUUGUUGAGCCUCUACUCAAUCCAGCAGCAGAAGCACAAGCAAUCAGUCGGGUACACCGAAUUGGGCAAGAAAAGAGGACACUAGUUCACCGUUUCAUUGUGAAAGACACAGUUGAAGAGAGUAUAUAUAAACUCAACCGAAGCAAGAACACAACAUUGACAUCGUUCAUUAGUGGGAAGACAAAGAACCAAGAUCAGACCUUUUUGACACUAAAAGACAUUGAAUCCCUUUUCUCAGCUGCACCGUCCACAGUUCCAGCACCGGAAAAUGAAGAUGAGAUGACCGAUAAUUUAAGACAUUUGCCACCUUCUACGGCAGCCGCUAUAGCGGCUGAGAGGAGACUGAACAAGCAUACAUUGUCAUCAUAACUCACUCACGCAACUUGUAAUUAUUCCUUUCUACUGAUUGUGUAAGUUCUUAGCUCUAACCUUUUUUCUGAUUUCUUUUUUAAUCUUACUGAAUAGACUAAUCACUUCCUGUAUAUACUAUACCAUUUUAGUAGUUGUAUUUGAACUUUGUAGAGACUAAUUCAGAAUUGUAAUUGAAUGAUAUUCAUGUGAAAAUGGUAGAUGUUGAGUCUCAUCUUGGGCUAAAGGCUAGUUGUACUUUUUAUUUUUAAUCCUGGUUAUCCAGUUGUAAAAGACAAUGUAAACUUUGAAUAAAAAAAAAACUUAGAAUAUAUGCUUGGAAAGUUAAUGGUAGAGCUUUGACAUCUGAAUUUUAAUAAACGUUUAGCCUUUUUAUGUAUUUUAUUUUAUUUAUUUAUUUUCUUUUAAAUGUAUUGAAAAGAUGUAGUGUUAUUAAAAUAUGAGACAUUUUAGGGGAAUCCAAAAAAAAUUUCAUUAUUUGAUAAGGAAAACUUCAUUAAACGAGGAAAAAACAAGGAAACAACUACAGAGCCUCUAAAAGGCUAGUUCGAAGAGGAAACAAAGGGAGCAGCCCUAGCAGCCAUAUCAUGAUGGUUCCUUAUGAACUUUUGUAUGGAAGAAAAUUUAAAAAACCUAUUCACUGGGAUGAAGUGGGUGAAAGAAAGUUCUUAGGUCCCAAAGAUGUUCAGAGAACAAGUGAGGCAGUUGAUAAAAUCAAAGCGCGAAUGCUCGCAGCUCAAAGCAGACAAAAGAGUUAUGUAGAUCCAAAGCGUCGGGAUAUUGAUUUUCUGAUCGGGGAUAUGGUAUUUCUCCGAGUAUCACCUAUGAAGGGCAUUAAACGCUUUGGUAAGAAAGGAAAAUUUAGCACGAGGUUCAUUGGACCUUUUGAGAUCCUUGAGAGGAUAGGGCAAGUAGCGUACAGGUUGGCUAUGCCUCCAACGCUGGCAGCUGUACAUGAUGUGUUCCACGUUUUGAUGCUUCGGAAGUAUGUCUCAGACCCGUCCCAUAUUCUGAGUUAUGAAGCAUUGGAAGUUCAGCCAAAUUUAUCAUACGAGGAACAACCAGUGCAAGUACUAGUCUUGAGAAACAAGACAAUUGCACUGAUAAAAGUAUUAUGGAGAAAUAGUAAAAUAGAGGAGGCAACCUGGGAACUCGAGAUGGAUAUGCAGCAGAAAUAUCCAGAGUUCUUCAGGUAAAAUUUAGGACGAAAUUUCUAUAAAGAGGGAAUAAUUGUAAUACCUUAAGAUUAAGAAAACGGAUUAGCGAACUCUAACUAGUUAAAUAUGUAUUAAUAUGGAAUUAUAUCAUUAUAUUUUUUAUUAUAUGUGAAUUAAUCAGAUAAAUGACAUGUUAAGACCCCGUUGGAAAGCCAGGGGCAAUUUCGUAAUUUUGACCCGAGAAGGGUAAAACUGUAAUUUUAAUAUUAUUGCAUGCUUAUGGACGAUAUUAUUAUAUUGUAUACUUGUUUUGUCUUUCUACAUGUAUUUUCUAACAAGUUGGCGCGGUAUAGUCACAAUCGGUAUUUCGGAUCGAAUCGGGUUCGGGGCCGAAAUAUAUUUUUGGGAUUUUAUUUUGGCAUUCUAUGAUUGAUUGAAUAAUCUGAAUUUAUUUGAGUAUGAUAUGUGAUAAAAUGAUAAUUAUACCCUUGUUUCAUGAAUAUGUGAUUUGGUGACCCUAGGGGCAUUUUGGUCUUUUUGACCAUUUAUUCUAUUUUCAACAAAAUGGGAUUUUUGGUAAAAUGAAAUGCAUUACUUUCUGAUUUUUCUUGGCCUAAACCGACCCUCCCUCACCCUUUCUAUUUCUCAUCUCAAAACUUUGGUUAAUUCUUGAAAAUUGCUUUGGAUCAAGCUAGAAAUUUGGUGAUCUUGGUGCUUGGAUUUGAGUAUAGCUUGAGAAACGGUGACUAGGAUUACCAGAACUUGGUCAGGAGCACUCGGGAAUUUGGAAUCUUCACGUUUGCGGGACAUCAGGAAAAGGUAAAUCUGUUUGUGAUCAGCCAUGAGUGCGAGAGCUUGGCGGUGCUUGUACAUGUUCAGGUCACACUAGACCAAGCAGGUUGGAGUCUACUAGUGAUGUAUUUUGUAAUCUCUGAUUUUGCCGCUUAGGUCGGCACGUGACUUAAGCUUGUAAUAUUUUGUGAAAAUGUUUAUGGGAUCCCGAAACAUAACUUUUGGUUUAUUUGUAAAGUUUAAAAUUAUUACAAAUUUUAUUUUCAUUCUGAUGUAAAUAAAGUUUAAAUUUUCUGCGCUUA